AUGGUUUUGGGGGAAGAACCCCUCUACGAGUGUUCCCACCGCGGGAAUUGCUUCCAGAACGGAUCCGAGCUCGUUUGCCGCCAGCGUUUGGCCAGGGAAGGGAAGAGUUUUACGUGUGGAGAGUGCGGGAAGGAAUUUGGGAAGAGUUGGGAGCUUAAUUCCCAUCGGAGAAGCCAUGUGGUGGCAAAGCCCCACCCGUGUCUGACGUGCGGGAAGCUCUUCACGGAGACGUCGGCGCUCAUCUGGCAUGAGCGAGUCCAAUGGGAACAGCCCUACAAGUGCCCGGAAUGCGGGAAGAGGUUCACCUGUAGCUCCGAUGGCGUCGUCCAUCGUCGGAUUCACACGGGGGAGAAACCCUUCCAGUGCUCCGGGUGUGGGAAGAGCUUCAGCCAACGCUCCGACCUCUUCACCCACCGGAUCGUACACUCCGGGGAGAAACCCUUCCGCUGCUGGGAAUGCGGGAAAGCCCUCGCCUGGAGGUCGGAGCUCACGGUCCACCAGACCCACACCCAGGAAAAGCCCUACCAGUGCUCCCAGUGCAAAAAGUCCUUCCGGGGACGGUUUGGGCUCUUCCAGCACCAGCGGUCGCUCAUGGGGGAGAAGCCCUACGCCCGCUCCGAGCGCGGGAAGAGCAUCGGGCAGAGCUCGGACCUCGUCGCCUGCCAGCGCUUCCACACGGGCGAGAAGCCCUACCCCUGCGCCGACUGCGGGAAGAGGUUCACCAGGAAAUCCAGCCUCAUCGUCCACCAGCGGGGACGCCGAGGGCGGGGAACUGGAGAACGCUCCAAAGGUGGGAAGUGCCCGCAGGAAGACUCCAGGAUGGGUUUUCCCAGGGGCGUGGCCGUGGGAGACGGCUCAUCCCCCUGCUCUGGGCGUGCAUCGAGCUCCUUGACCGGCCGAGGUGACGCAGAGGACGAAAAAUCGCCCAAGUGCCUGGAAGAGGAGAAAUGGCUUGGCAUG